AACGCGGAGGUGGUAAUUUUACAGAAUAAUUGAACGAGACUAAUACGUGCUUAAACUGGAGUAACGUUCGAUCCUAUGACCGAGAAGGAGAGGGUAUAUCGUUGUGCUUAAAGUACCGAGUAGCUGAAGGUUAAAGGUAAUGCGUCGUUCAAACGUUCUCCAGGUUGUACAAGCACUUUGACUUGAAUGUUCUUAAUUGUAAAAUUAGUCUACGCGACGUGUGCGCCAUGAUUAACAGGCAGCGUCCGGUUUUGCAUUGAGACGGUACUAGCCAGUGACAACAAUGGGCCAGACUGAAAUAUAAUAUUAUCACUGGAGUGAUUUCGAAUUCUCUUAGUCAUUCUUCACUGUUUAAUCAUUGACAGAAUAAUUUAGGAUUAUUCAAAUAAUUUUUUUAAAAGAAACACGAAGAGUUUGAAACUUUUUCGACGGUAACGUGUAACAUCUGUUUUACAAAGCGGUAGUUAUUUUAGUUCGAUUCCAUUAUUCGUAAUCGUUAUUACGCAAAUACUUUGUCAAGCACAGCUUUCAUAUCGAAGCUGUUUAUUUUAAUCGACCUUUAAAAACAUAUUCACUUAACACAACGCGGAUGAAACAUAAACUUGUUUAGCAAAACUUUGGUUUGCGAUCGAUGAAAUCGAGAAGCGGAUAAAUAUUCCGGAAGGCAAGGACAAACGUAAGAAAUCAAGAUCCAUUGAUACAGUAUUUGAUACGUUUAAACCGUAUCGUUGCCUGAUUACGUAUUUCGAUACGCAGCAACAAUUUUAAUUCUUCCUUUGCUUUUCAACUGAAUCUCUCUGUACUUUCUCGAUUUUGAAUCGAAUCGAAUCGAAUCCCGCGAAAAAAAGAAAUCAACGCGCAAACGCAAUUAAUCGUAGGCUCGGUUAGGCGACGGUCUAACGUGUUAAUCUCGAUGCUGUAUGCAUCGAGAACGGUGCUGCGGUAUUGGAAUCGAGAGAAAGGUGGAAACGGGUAUCGUAAGGGUAUUGAAAACGGGCAUGAACAAAUUCCUUUUCUUGCGAGUACUGUUGGGAGAAAUGCACGACUGGCGAGAGAGAGGUAGCUCGGUAUCGCCCAAUGAGAUUCGUCGGGGGUCUUCUUGCUCGAAGCUUCCUCGUGAGAAACAAGGGGGAGAGGGAGAUACACGACUGGUUUCGAAAACCGGCUUUCGUCCACUCGCACGAAUAUCGCUCAGUAGCUUUCAAACACAACCGUGACACGGAACGAUUCGGUCGUUCUCUUUCCUUUCACGUCCGUUCGAUUCGAACCUGUGUCAAUAUACGAACGUAAACGUAAACGUCUCUUUAAAAAAAAAAAAAAAGAAGAAAAAAAAAACAAGUGUUCAAAUAGCGCCAACGAAGGUCUAGAAAGAUUCGCCAUGAAUAAAAAGUGGUACCAGGGUCUGAACGGACGACUAGCAUUCGCCAUCGCGGCUGCUGCACUUGGAUCAUCGUUUCAACAUGGGUACAACACUGGUGUCGUCAAUGCACCUCAGCAGCUUAUCGAGGAUUGGAUCAGUAACCUGAAAAUGAAUCGCACCGGUGAACCGACGAAACAAUCGGAGGUGACGAUGAUAUGGUCGAUAGCUGUGUCGAUAUUCUGCGUGGGUGGUAUGAUAGGCGGUUCGCUGGUGGGCACGGUAGCCGAUCGUUUCGGCAGGAAGGGUGGUUUACUGUUGAACAACAUCCUUGUCCUCCUCACGGUCAUCUUCGAGGGUUGCGCAAAGACAGCGAAGAGCUACGAGAUGAUAAUCAUUGGAAGAUUUCUAAUCGGUAUUAACGCUGGUUUGAACGCUGGUCUAGCGCCCAUGUAUCUAGCUGAAAUAUCACCUAUUCAUCUACGAGGAGCUGUUGGCACCGUCUAUCAACUAGUUAUCACUAUUUCUAUUCUGGUAUCACAGAUUCUCGGGCUAGAACAAAUAUUAGGCACGGCUGAUCAAUGGCCGCUUCUUUUAUGUUUGACGAUCGUUCCUGCGAUCUUCCAAGUAUUUACACUUCCGAUGUGCCCUGAGAGCCCGAAGUACUUGUUGCUCAGCAGAGGAAAGGACAUGGAGGCGCAAAGAGCUUUGUCCUGGCUACGUGGCACGCUCGAAGUUCACGAUGAAAUGGAGGAAAUGAGGGCGGAAUACGAAUCAGUGAAACUUGUGCCAAAGGUCACUCUGAAAGAACUGUUUGUAAAUCCUGCUCUUAGGAUUCCAUUGAUGAUCGCGAUUAUGAUUAUGUUUGCGCAACAACUGUCCGGUAUAAAUGCCGUAAUGUUCUUCUCGACGAAGAUAUUCAUGAUGGCACAGUUGGAUAAAAAUGCGGCUCAAAAUGCGACCAUGGGAGUCGGAGCGAUGAACGUUGUAAUGACUUUUAUUUCUUUGAUACUCGUUGAAAGGGCUGGAAGGAAAACGUUGCUUCUUAUUGGAUUUGGCGGAAUGUUUAUCGAUACAGCUUUGCUUGCUAUUUGUCUUGUUUUUGCAGAGACAUCUAGUACAGCAGCCUACUUCUCAAUCGUCUUGGUGAUCAUGUUCGUAGUCCUAUUUGCGACUGGACCAGGAAGUAUUCCUUGGUUCUUGGUGUCCGAAUUGUUUAAUCAAUCCGCGAGACCGGCAGCGACGUCCGUUGCUAUCGCAGUAAAUUGGACGGCGAACUUCAUCGUCAGCAUAGGAUUUCUUCCGCUCCAGGAAGCGUUAGGUGCUUACGUAUUCAUUAUGUUUGCCGUGAUACAAGCAUUCUUCGUAUUCUUCAUCUACAAGAAGGUGCCAGAGACGAAGAACAAGACGAUGGAGGAAAUUAGUAGCAUGUUCCGACAAAUAUCGUACCAGUAA